GUUUGACCUUCAAGUGCUCGCAACCUCCGAUAGUGGACGAAACCCCUGAACGUACCUGCUGUUAAGGCAGAUUGUGUCUUUAGCACUCAUGUUUUCUCUUAAACCAAUAAGACUGGCUUAUGCUUUCACUAGCUAUCGUCAUUCAUAUUAUAGUAUGCUUCCAACUAGUCCAAGGAAACGACGUACGUGGGUCACUUAUUCCUUGUUGGUCCUUCCAGCUACUGCAUUCGCUUUAGGAUAUUGGCAGAUACAUAGAAGAAGGUGGAAAAUUGAUUUGAUUGAAAAAAUAAACGCAAGAAUUCCCGCUAAGCCUAUUCAAUUGCCUGAGAACGUUGACUCUAGCAUUCAACUUCCUGAGUUCACUCAUAUCUCAGUUCGAGGUUGUUUUGAUCAUUCACGAGAAGCAGUAAUUGGACCACGCUCAUUAAUUGAAGAUUUUAUACCUUCUAAAGGCUAUGGGAGCGAAUGGGUAGUGAGAUCACCAACCAAGUUUAUGCAGACAAAUAUGGCUCGUCCAUCUACUCAUGGUUAUUUUAUCGUAACACCAUUUUUCUUAGAAGAUAGACCUGGAACCUCCAUAUUAGUAAACCGUGGAUGGGUCCCAUAUGGUGCACGUGAUCCUACCAUUCGACCUAAUGGCCAGGUCAAGGGUAUCGUAAAACUGUCAGGUUAUGUACGGUAUCAAGAAAAGGCACCAAUUCGUAUAUUUGGUUCAAAGAUUGAGCCUCUUACUUGUUUCGAUUAUGAAAAUCAAAAUCCACAUAUUCGUUAUCCUUGUCGACAAAUUGAUCAAAUGUCUAGCGAUUUGAAAACGUUACCGAUUUUCCUUGAUGCUGAUUAUGAGUCUAGUACUGUCGGUGGACCAAUCGGUGGACAAACUCGAGUUGUUUUACGAAAUGAACAUGCAUCGUAUAUCUUUACUUGGUUCUCAUUGGGCACCAUCGGUCUGGGAAUGUGGAUAUACUUUUUCAUUUUUUAACUGGACAAAUAAAAGAAAAAAAGAAUUAUUUUGUACAUACGAAUAUAGUUUAGUUAUCCAGACAAGACAAUCCACUCGUCUUCCUAUCCCUA